AUGUACAUAAAAACCAUAUUUGUCAAAUCUUAUAAUAAUGUGUACGGUUUCUUCAAUCGUAAUCCCUCUAUGCAAUUUUUCGUUUGUGAUUAUUUGUGUACUCUCCAACAUUGUGCCUUUUCCAGUUCUAACGAUGUAAUAAGUAGGUUUAAACAUGUGAAAGAGGAUGUUAGUGAUAUCUGUAUAAGCUCCAAUUUGGAUCCUGCCCCGUUUUUUCCGCAUGAUGUGAUCGAGACAACAACGAUAGAGAAUAAUACCGAAAUAUUGAACAACUAUUCACUGGAAAAUGUUGAGUCAGCAAUUAUGCAGUUUGUGCCAGACUAUAUACAGUCGUAUACUAGAGAACAUGAUCAUUUUGAUGAUUUUUUGACACCUGGUCAAACUUUUUUUGCGGAAAAUAGAGAAAAAUUGCUUGAGACAAUUAGAGGGAAUUACUACAAUAAGAAAGCAUCACUAGAUUCCAGUGGAGAUAAUGUGGAUUAUAGGCUUCCUUCUAUGUUGAAUCAGGAUAUUUAUGAGGAAGCAUUUGGAUCAUAUACCACUGACACUGUAGUAAAGCUGCCAAAGAACCACCUUUGGGAUUACAGUACGACAGCUGUGCACAGACCGAAGAAAACGAUUGAACUUCGAAAAGGACAAAUGCCUAGCAUACAACAAGUUAUUGACAUACUCGAGCAGGAACGCUUGAUAGAUAUCAUUUCGGUGGACCUCAACAAGUGUAGACGACGAGAUCGGGGGUUGUAUGCAAUAGUAGCUACAGGAUACACACGUUCGCAUUGUAGGCGUGUCGGAAGGAUGUUAUAUCGCAUUAUCGUUGAUUUAGAGAUACCAUUCGUAUCAAAAAUAUCAUACUGCUGCAGUUCCCGGGAUGACGACUGGAUUGUUGCACACUUGGGACCUCUUUGUAUUCAUCUUAUGAUUGAAGAAGACAGAAAUAAGUAUAGGUUGUACAUUACACUCUCAUUUUUUACAAAUUAA